AUGAGCCUAAGCAGUACUUCUUGCUCUUCCUCAAUUGUGGUACUCCAAAAGGAACAAAAAGACGAUAUUACAAAAGAAAUGAUUGGACAGGUGUUUGCUGAUUGUGACAAGUCUGGAAAUGGAUUUAUUAACAUCAAAAAGUUGAAGAUUGUAAUGAGAGCACUUGGAUUAGAACCAAGACAAGAAGAGGUAAACAAAUUAAUGGAUCGAAUGUUGGAGGAUUCUGUUGCUCGUUCUGUUAACCAAGGUUUUUUGAAUUAAUUUUUUGAAUUAGCUAGCCAACAAACUACCGCCUACUUUAUUCCACGGAAUUUAUUGUGGGAACCGACCCAUUGUGAAUAUCCAGCGAAAAUUUUUUUGCUAAAAGUCGUAGAUUUCUAAUCCGCUGGUCUAUGUAGCAAAUUGGGGGUCUGUGGUUCGAGC